AUGCGUUCCACCGCCUUCAUCCUGUCCGCCUCCGCGGCCCUCCUGGCCUCGGGUGUCGUGGCCCAGAACUCCGACAACUUCGCCGCCGACACCAUGCCCGAGGGCUACUCCUACAGCUACGACCGCGUCUCGUCCUCUGUCGCGGCCAUCGCGACCGCCUCGCUCGGCUCCGGCGUGACCAGCGACGGCUCGUCGUCCAGCGACUCCUCCUCGUCCAGCAGCAGCUCCUCGUCCAGCUACAGCGACGACGCCGAUGCCUUCCUUUCGGACACGAUGCCCGACGGCUACAGCUACACCUACUCGGGCAACACCCCGGCGACCAGCGCCCCGCUCGGCACCCCCGCCGCCGCGCACUCCCACACCGUCGCCCCGGCCGGCUCGUCGACCGCCGCCGCCUCUGCCGCCGACUCCACUGCCGCGGCCGGCACUGGCGCCGUCACCAGCGGCGCCGCGUCCGCGACGAACAGCUCGGACAGCAGUGCUGCCCAGAGCACCACCAUGGCCACUGGCACCAAGAGCUCCUCGUCCGCCUCUGCCACGAGCGACUCGUCGUCCUCGUCGUCGACCAGCGACUCUUCUUCUUCCUCCAGCAGCAGCACUGCCUCGAGCAGCGCUGCCGCUUCCAGCACCGGUGCUGCCAUGCCCGGCGCUGUCGUGAGCACUGGUGCCGUCAGCGGUGCUGUCCUGGCUAUUGCCGGCUGGAUGUUCGCCAUCUUGUAA